CUCGAGUAUGAUAUCUCCGUGUUGAUAAUGUUCGCACCCGACCUCUGAAGUGGCGGUGAAGCUUUAAUCAGAGUUUGGAGCCUCGUUAGUGAAAGUUGUACAUAAACCCUGUUUAGAGGUGCAGUCAUUCCAGUUCCUGUGAACACCGUUACUCUGACAGUUGACACAGUGAUAUUAUAUUGCAAAUAUACCGAAGUUCUGCCGAAUUUUUUUACGAAAUCUGAAGAUCAUCUUUCUCAAGUAAAACAAACAUGAUGGCGACAAAGAUGUCAACUAAAUGUACACGUGGCAAGUUUGCUCAUCGUGGUGCGAGGGCACGUGUUGUUCGAUAUCCGAUUGGGAUUUCAGGGAAACAAACCGCAAGGUUGUUUCCAGAGCCAAAAUGGGAGAAGAAUGCUCUGUUCAUCACGGACAGCAACGGGAGAGAUUUGGUUUUGCCAUGUGUGGUUCGUCCUUCCAUCGGGUUCCCGUUCAACCUCUCCGUAAUCUCUGUGCCCGGUGGCUGCAUUAUGCACGGAGACAUUGAGUUGCGAUGUCCCGCUUCAAUCAUGAAGAAUGUUAAUGCUGUUAUUAUUGGUUUAGGUACGAAUGAUGUUCUAGGAUUCUCAAGGUGGGAAGUGAACGAGAGACCACAGUACGUCGUGGAUUCGAUCUUACGUCGAGCGAAAUGUAUCAUUGGUGCAGCACAAGAACUGUAUCCUCAUGCCACGGUAUAUUUCAAUUCCAUUUUGCCACAGAGCUCACCAUCCGGCAGAAUCGUGCCAAUGCUUAAUGUAGCACUUAAGUGCAGAACGUGGUUAACAGAUGUCCACAUUGAUUCCGCAAUGCACUUAUUAAGCGAAGAAUUCCCAAACAUGGACGGAUUACAGAGCUGUCUCGCAUACUCAAAAAACCGGAAUAUUCCCAUAUAUACCCCUAAAAGUGAUUUUGUACAGAUUCUGCUAGUUCAUGAUGACCACUGGGUGACGGUUACAAAUAAGUUUACAAAAAGUAAAAAUUCCCUAAACAUUUACGACAGUUCCAAAUGUGAUUACACCGAUUCGGAUAAAUUAACACUGUCCAAACUUUUAAACGUUCCGGCAACUUGUAUAAAAUGUCAUUUCCCCCAGGUACCUCAACAAAAAAUAGGAUCCGGAAACUGUGGACUUUACGCUAUCGCAUUUGCUAAGGCUGUUUGCCAGGGUUUUAAACCGGAAACGCUAAAUUAUCCGGAGUAUCAACUUCGCAGUUUAAUACACGGUAUGUUGAAACAAGAAACUAUAGAUCCGUUAUACACUGAAAAUAAUACUCGCAAUGUUAAACCACCUAAACUGGAAUUUUCCAUUAACAUUUUUUGUAACUGUAGACUCGCGGCGGACGACAACGAGUAUAUACAGUGUUCUAAAUGCAAGACAUGGCUCCAUUUUGACUGCGUCGCUGAGGAAAUACCUAGUGAGGCUAAAAGUAUCGGCGUUAAAUGGUUUUGUAUCAAUUGCUCUGACUAA